CGUUGGCCAGGGGUGAGCAUGUCCAACAUCCUUGCUCUUGCGUCCGACCCCGUUCCUCCAGACGAGCUGCAAGGCGGGCUGUCGUGGCAGCAUGUGCUGUUCCCUGUCGGCCGAAGCCCAUCCCCGACCUCGUCGUCCAAAUCAGUAGGAGAUGGCGAGAGCGAUUGCUCAACGGAAUCUUCGUCGGAGGACACAGACGACGAAGACCAAGUGAGAGAGAGGGGCCGGGGGCUUGCUGAUGGCAUACAGCUCGACGUGAUCGAGCCGAGAUGGAUAUCGCUUCCGACUUGCUUCAUCUUGGAACCGAGACCCCGGAGCCUAGCAAUCCGUAUCCAAGGACGAGAGGACAUGCUGCUGCGGAGCUUACAGGAGGCAGUGUCGAGGUACGGGAGAGUGCGGGGUUGAGUAGGGCGUCAUCGCGAGACGACAAGAGAGCAAGGCUUGCAGCUGACGUCAAGGAGGUGCCCCCCCCACAUGUCAUUUUGCUUGUCAAUACAAGAGCACGAAACCUG